AUGCUUCAUCCCUAUGCUGGGUAUGACAUCUCAUAUCCAACAUCGGCUUCGCUUGUGAUCCGUAUCUUUCAAGCAUCCUGCUAUCAAAUGAUGGGCAACUCUGCACUGGCAUGGCAUACCAUGGACAAGGCCAUUCGCUUAGCUGAACAGAUGCGCCUCUACGACGAGAACUCGUAUGAUGGUCUGGACCCCAUCGAGGCCAAGCUGCGUCGCAACGCGUUUUGGUUUUUGUUCUCAGCCAGUCGGUCAGCCUCUGUCAUGAAUGGGAGAAAACAAGCUCUGGCCGAGUUUCAUAUGCUGGGCUACCUCAGCACUGUGUUCUGUCCAGACGACAGCCCACCACUUCUCGAUCAAAGUCGACCCGAGAACAAGGAUCAGUUUGAAGAGAAUCUCGUGACUGGUUUUAAAAGGAGCCAUGAUGUGUGGAAGCUUGGGUUCAGUCUUCUCUACGACUUGGAUCUAUUCCUAGCUACGAGUUCUCGGACUACCGGACACGCAAAGCUAAAUGACGCCCAGAAGAAAAGUCUGACCGAAUCAUACUUGAGAUUUUCAAGUGUUCUCGACGACUUGCCAGGUUACCUUCAGUCGCCAACGAUGAUUUGUGAUGCUGAUAGUGAGUGCGAGAAGCACCAGAGACGGGCUUUCUGGAUUCAGCGAGCCAACAUUACGCUCUCGUAUCAUUAUCUCUGCAUGUUGAUUCUUGAUCGCUUUCUACCCGCAAAGCUCCUAGGUGUGGUUGGAUUGAAUGAUGAUCAAAUAUCGAUAGACUCGAGAAAAGUUGAGAUCGCUCACGAACUAUUGGUUUUGGUCUCAAGCGUCCCUCUCGACGCGCUUAGAGCGAAUGGAGAGCCAUUUGCCGAGAAGCUUCGCUACGUUUGUGCAGCCCUUCUUGAAAUAACGCAGAAGAAUGACUCGGCUCAUCUCUUAAUGCGGGCUAAGAAACAUCUCGAUGCGUUACUGGACUAUCUAUCGAAACUUGAGUCGCGGGUAUCUGCUACGUUAACAGCAAUAUCAGCGCCUUUGUGA